CCUUCAUUUUUGUUUCACACAUUAAAAAGAAAACAAAAACAAAAACCCUUGUUUGGGGUUGUUGGAUCCUUGAAGAAACAAGCUUUAUGGAACAAGAAGGGGUUACCUUAGAAGAGCUGAAGAAGAAAAUGGCUGACUUUGCAAAGGAAAGAGACUGGGAUCAGUUUCACAGCCCUAGGAAUCUCCUAUUAGCCAUGGUGGGAGAAGUAGGGGAAUUGUCUGAGAUAUUUCAAUGGAAAGGUGAAGUACCAAGAGGGUUACCUGGUUGGGAAGAUGAAGAGAAACAACAUCUAGGGGAAGAGUUAUCAGAUGUAUUGUUAUACCUUGUUAGGUUAUCUGAUAUAUGUGGUGUUGAUCUUGGUAAAGCUGCUUUGAGGAAGAUGGAGUUGAAUGCUAUUAAAUAUCCAGUCAAGCUUUGUAAAGGUUCAUCUAAAAAGCAGACGCAAUUCAAUGGUGACAGUGGUGAUACUGCUGAUACGGAUCAGGGACAUUAAAAGAACAGUGACAUCUAAAGUACUAAAAGAACCUGUUUGAUGUUUUGAUGUUUUGAUGUUUUGAUGUUUGGUUGUGGUCUUAUUUUGUAAUUUAGAGACUAGAUUUACUUGGAUUGGAUUUUGAAUGGUUAAAUAUCAUUUCAUAUAUGAAAGGGGGCUUAGUUUAAUUAAAUUCUAUACCAUGUUAUUGGAUGAGUUGGUGAGUUUUUAUUAUUUGUAACAUGGGGUUUUUUUUUAUUUUUAUUUUUAUUUUGUUUGCAUGGUAACAAUCUGGGGUGGCGUGCCACUAAUGCCUGGAGUUAGUAAUAGUUGAAUAGUAAAGUGUUUUAUCAGAGAUUUUUAUGGCAGCUUCUGGUCACUGUCUUGUAAACUGCAGUGUAUCCUUCAGCCUGGAGAGAGAAUUGAUUUUCAGUGAAAUGUCAACAUUUCUUUCAAUGUUUCUUGAGAAA